GCGGCAGAGCGAGAAAAGGAGGAGGGAGCCCUCCCCGGGCGUGCUGUGGGUGCGGGGUUCGGGGCGGGCGCUUGCUUAGCCCGGGCGCACGCACGCACACACACUCACACACGAGCUCACACAGACACGCGAGCUCAGCAGCGCUGCCAUUCCCAGACACUCCUCGCAGGAUCUGCAGAGGGGCAGGAGGAGAGCCGGUGGAAGCCUCUGCCCUCCCCGCCCGGGUCCUAGAAGCUGCCCACCCCCCGGCCCAACGCGGUGAGGAGCUCACCUUUCGCUGGGGAGCCCCUGCCAGCUGAGGAAGCGGUGGAUGCUGGCCAUACAGCUUGGUUCCCUGUCACUGUCGUCUCUCCGCCAAGCGUCUUCCAUUGAGGUGUGCUGGCCAUGGGCAACCUGAUAAAGGUAUUGGGCAAAGAUUUCGAAAACUGUCCCCAUUUUUUCCUGGAUUUUGAAAAUGCCCAGCCCACAGAAGCAGAGACAGCAGUGUGGAACCAGGUCAGCGCCGUCCUGGAGGAAGCCCAGGGCAUCUUGGCAGAGCUGCAGUCCUAUACGGGAGCCGGCCAGGAGAUCCGCGAGGCCAUCCAGAAUCCGACUGACCUCCCACUUCAGGAGAAGGCAUGGAAUGCCGUGUGCCCACUCGUGGUCAAGCUUAAAAAAUUCUAUGAAUUCUCCCUCCGAUUGGAGAACGCCCUGAGGAGCCUCCUAGAAGCCCUCACCAGCCCCCCCUACGCCCCGACGCAGCACCUAGAGAGGGAACAAGCCCUCGCCAAGCAGUUUGCUGAAAUUCUGCACUUCACACUCAGUUUUGACGAGCUCAAGAUGACAAACCCGGCCAUUCAGAAUGACUUCAGUUACUACAGAAGAACCAUCAGCCGAAACCGUAUUAAUAACUUACAGCUGGAUGCUGAGAGUGAAGUCAACAACGAAAUGGCCAACCGAAUGUCCCUCUUCUAUGCAGAAGCCACCCCCAUGCUCAAAACUCUAAGCAAUGCAACCACUAAGUUUGUAUCUGAGAACAAGACGCUCCCCAUUGAGGACACUACAGAUUGUCUGAGCACCAUGGCCUGUGUCUGCAGGGUGAUGCUGGAGACACCAGAGUACAGGAGCCGGUUCACCAACACUGAGACUCUCCUCUUCUGCAUGCGGGUCAUGGUGGGCGUCAUCAUCCUCUACGACCAUGUGCACCCAGUGGGGGCCUUUGCCAAGACAUCUAAAAUUGAUAUGAAGGGCUGUAUUAAAGUUCUUAAAGACCAGCCUUCCAACAGCACGGAGGGGCUUCUGAAUGCACUGAGGUACACCACCAGGCAUCUGAAUGAUGACACCACCUCCAAACAGGUCCGGGCCCUGCUGCAGUGAGGCGUGUGUGGGGCAUAGCAUCCCACCUCUAAAGCCCUAGGCUUGACCUUGAACUUCAGCUGAGUUUUAAUAUUGCUAUAAUGUGAAUAUAAAAAUCCAUGACCAUAUUUCUCAUUUUAUAACGAAAAGGGAAAAGUUUUAAAAAAGAAACACAAAAACACUUUCCCCCCAUCCCAGCUUCUCUUGACCACUUCCCCCUCUUCCUGCCUGUCUCCCCCCCAAUCCUGAUCCCAUUGAGCUCCAGGGCUGGACAGCUGGCUCCAACCCUUUUUCCCAUGAAGAUGACAUGACUGGUUUAUGCCUACCUUUCCAGGAAGCUGAGAUAAGGUUGUCUGGCCUUUCCCAGUUCCUCCUGGACUCCUGAUGGGGAUUUCCAUGUUAUGGAAGGCCUCGGUGGUCUCUCGGAUUUGGACUGGUACUGGUGCAGGCCCUGGACAGUGGACCUCGCAGGGCUCUGGCCUUACGACUUUGGGACUCUGGUCUGGGCUUGAGUUGAAGUGUUUGUAGGAGGGGAAAAGCCUUCCUUAUUAAGACCAGGAGAUGGUCAUGUAAAUAAGGUAAGGGAGUCCUUGCUGCGGGUCAAGCUAAAGAUAAUAAAUGACCUUGUCUUUAAAAACUCCCGCCGGGACUCCAGGGGAAAUGGUUCGGCCACAUCUUUUAGAUUUUUAAUAUAAAUGAUUAAAAUCACUCACCUGUUGUUUUGUACAUUUUUGUGUGAAAUAAAAAUGACAUUUAAUCUGUU